CCACAAACCCCUUCCAUUAUUUGUCUAAAUUUACACACAUACAUCUCACAUUUACUCAGAUAUUGUUGGAUAUUUUUGGAUAUUGUUGGACAUUGUUGGAUACUUUUGGAUAUUCCCUUUGCUGUUUUGGAUGGCUGAUUCCAAAAGGAACGUUGACGAUGCAGCAGACUUUGAGACGGCCAUUGCGGAAUGCGGCUUUGGGCUCUUCAAUAUCCUGAUGAUGUGCUGUGCCGUGCCCUGCCUGUCGGCCAUGGUGUUCUCUGCCUCCUCGAUGAGCUAUGUUAUGCCCACGGCCGAGUGUGAUCUACAGUUGACGCCCUUCGACAAGGGGCUGCUCAAUGCAGUGACCUAUGGCGGCAUGAUCCUCUCGGCCAUACCCUGGGGCUUCCUAGCCGACACCAUGGGUCGCCGCGUGGUUCUCAUUUGGGGCGGCUGGAUCGAUGGAAUAUUCGUGCUGUGCGCCGCCCUCUGCCAGGACUCCACACAACUGAUGGUGUUCAAGUUCCUGGAUGGCCUAAUCAUUUGCGGCCCGUUUGCGGUGGUGGUCAGCUAUUUGGCGGAAUUCCAUGGCAAAAAGCAUCGUCCCUAUAUCAUGCUCUUUGUGGGUCUGUGCGUGUCCGCUGGGGCCACCUUUGUGCCGAUACUCGCCUACCUCCUGCUGCCCGUGCAUCUCUUCUUCUCAGUGGGCCAAAUGAAUUUUCACACCUGGCAGAUCUUUCUGAUAGUCACUGCGCUGCCCAGCUUGAUGAGCGGCUUUCUGCACAUCUUUCUGCCCGAAAGUCCCAAGUUUCUGAUGGCUCAGGGGCAGUACAACAAGGCGCUGGAGUCCCUGCAACGGAUAUACGCGGUAAACAAGCACAAGACGCGCGACACGUACCCCGUGAAACGUCUGACCGAUGCCACGCCCGAUCGCUCGGAUGUCUUCAAUCUGCCGCGACAGCCCACCUCUCGCUGGGAACGCUUCACCAGGGCGAAACUCAAGUUCCUGGAGGGCGUGGGCCAACUCAAGCCGAUGUUCUCCAAGCCCUAUCUGUGCAUUUCGCUGCAGGUCUACUGCCUGCACUUUUGCCAAAUAAUGUGCGUGAAUUCGGUGCGCCUGUGGCUGCCACAGAUCUUUGCCACAAUGCACACGUUCGAGAUGCAGGGCAUCAACGACACGAGCAUGUGCAACGUGCUCGACCACAACUCCCAGGUGCGCAGCAUGGACUCGGAAUCGAUGAGGCGGGAGUGCGACCUACACCAGGAUCCGGGCAUCUACACGGAUAACAUCAUAGUGGCUUCAGUUGGCAUCGUUGGCUUUGUGAUCAUCUUUCCACUGAUGCGCAUAUCCCUGGUGGCGAAUCACAUAUUAAGUGAGUCCCACAAGGGCGUCUCUCUCUCACUCUCUAGGGGAAAAUCCCUACAACCUCUGAGCCUUUUCGUUGCAGAAGUAUUCCUUUUCCUUUGCGUUUUCCUGGCGGGUGGCCUCUACUUUGCCGAAUCUGCGCUGGUUACAAUGAUCAUUGCCUCGAUAUAUCUCACGAUGAUGGGCGUUUGUGCCACAACAAUUAUUGGCAUGUCUGUGGUGAUGUUUCCCACACUAAUGAGAACAAUGGUGCUAAUGCUGAUUAUGACCUUUGGGCGACUCGGCUCGGUGGCUGGCAAUAUAUUGCUGCCGGUCUUCAUGCAAAUCAGCUGCCAUGCCCCAUUCCUGUGGCUGGUUGCAUUGAUGAGCAUUGCCUUUAUAUUUUCGAUAUUCCUGCGGGUCGAUGUGCUGCAACCACUGGCCUGAGGCCUACAAGCGCCAAACUUCCAUGUUGGCCAUAACUUGUGUGCUGUUAAUAAACGAACAACUCUCUCCCCAACUUGCCUCUAAUUAAAGGUCAGCG